AGGAUCAGUUUCCACUGGUGUUCGCGCCUUCUUGAGGUUUUAUAUUUGUUGGCCAUGUGAUGCAUCGCCGUCGGCCGUAUUGAUCUUCCUCGUCUAUCUCCCGUUUCAAGCACUUUUCCUCGUCCUAUCGUUUGGAUUUGCUGACCAAAAUGAUUUUGUGAGGUCGCCUGUGAAGUUUGGUGGACUUCGGUCGUGCCGUUUGUGA